GUUGCCACGCAGACAGAUGUGUAAGAUGUCUGAGCGCUGCUUUCUCUGCUUUAUUCUCUGUGUUCAGGGUCUCGGUGCCUUUCUCGGUGUGAUCUGUGCAGCAGAAUCACCUGAUGAGGUUCAAAUAGAGGUUUUAUUCUUGCCGGAAAGCUGCACCCAGAAAACGAAGAAGGGGGAUUUACUGCACGCUCAUUAUGAUGGAUAUCUGGCUAAAGACGGGUCUCAGUUCUACUGCAGUCGCUCAACUAAAGAUGGAGAGCCUCACUGGUUUGUUCUUGGGGUUGGGGAGGUCAUCAAGGGCCUGGACUUGGGCUUGAAAGACAUGUGUCCUGGUGAGAAGCGAAAGAUCACAGUACCUCCUUCAUUGGCAUUUGGUGAGAAAGGGAAAGGUCCUGUUCCUCCUAAUGCAACCGUGAUCUUCAACGUGGACCUUUUGCAUGUGCGACGAGGACCACGCAGUAUAGACGCCUUUAAGGAAAUGGACCUCGACAACGACCAGACUCUUACAAAAGAAGAGGUGAGAGAACACUUAAAAAUGGAAGCAAAGAAGCUAAAUGUGCAGAAAGAAGAGUCCUAUUUCAAUGAUGUUGUGACCGACAUCUUCCACAGGAACGACCAGGAUGCUGAUGGAACUUUGUCCAUGAAAGAGUACAAUGUCUAUGAGCAUGAUGAGCUUUAGCUGAGACACUACACUUCCUCACAGACAUGUUUAUGCAUGUGGGCUGUGGGAUAUUUUUGAGGAGGAGUCUAAUAAAAUACCACUCAGACUAUGCACACUUUUAAUAAAGAUGAUUUUUGGAUAA